GCGGCUUUGGGUGUCAGGGAGGGCUGAGUCAUCUUUCCUUAUCUUUGCUAUUUUACUUGGAUGCCUUGUUCUAAAGAUAUAGACCAAGCCCUAUGCACACAGAACCCUGUGCGGUCCAAGUACUAUUGAUGCUAGAAGGCAUCUGCAUCUUUAUUUCCGUUGUCUCUCUGGAGCUCUAAUGACAGCAUAAUGUUGAUUUUCAACUGAGUAUUUGCGGGGUAAGGGAGUGAUGAAAGGAUCUCUUCAAGUCCACCGAGGAGUACUUGUGGUGUUGUAGGUUGAUGAAAGACAUUUGGGAAGCAUGGAAUGGUAGAUCUGAAGGGUCCUUUGUAAUCAAAAGAAAACUAAUUAUUCCAUCAAUGUUCUUAUAUUCACCAAUGGCCAUGCUUGUAAGGUAUGGGAAAGCUUGACAAGUGGCCUAAAUUGGCCUAGUUGGACACAAUACAUACGUGGUUGGAGUCAGUGAAUUAUUCAGGGACUUACUUAUCCAGAAAGUCAUAUUAAGCCAAAGAGGGUCACUGUGAAAAGUCGGGUGCUCACAGAGUACUUGGAAUUAAUAAAAUAUAAUCCUUGCUGGUUGCAGAUCCCUGGGACCCCUAGAGAUAACAAGACCGACAUGUGAGAGACAUGUAGAGGAUAGGGUACAUUAAGGCGAUAGGUUGGCAGACAAAAAACUGUAAACCUGAAAUUCAGGAAAAUCUCAGGGAUGGUCCCUGAUGGCCGCAGGUGGGUUUUUGGGCUUAUUUGUGUCUCCCCAGAGUGUGCGCAGCUGAGCCAAGCGAGGCACCGCGCGCAAUGGCCGACCGGCAGGCAGGCCCAGGGGCCGGGGACUGGGAGAUUGACGUGGAGAGCCUGGAGAUGGAGGAGGACUGCUGCGGGGCACCGCCAACAACGCCGCCGGGGCCCAGCCCGUCACCCGCGGACGGGGAUGGCGAGGACGAUGAGGAAGAUGAUGAGGAGGACGACGACGCGGAAGAAGAGGGCGACGGCGAGGAGGCAGGGGCGUCCCCGGGGGUGCCGGGCCAGUCGGAACUGCACCGAGGACUGCUGCCCCGGCCGCCCCCGGCGCCUCAGGCCCUUCCAGUCCCUGCCAGGGCAGUAGAACGCGGCGCGAACGCGGGCGGCAGUGUGGAACCGCGUAAGCUGAGCCGCACGCCCAAGUGCGCGCGCUGCCGAAACCACGGCGUGGUGUCCUGUCUCAAGGGCCACAAGCGAUUCUGCCGCUGGCGAGAUUGCCAGUGCGCCAACUGCCUGCUGGUGGUGGAGCGCCAGCGCGUCAUGGCCGCCCAGGUGGCGCUCCGGAGGCAGCAGGCCACUGAGGACAAGAAGGGGCUUUCCGGGAAACAGAAUAAUUUUGAACGCAAAGCAGUGUACCAGAGGCAAGUUAGGGCACCUAGUUUGCUGGCCAAAAGCAUUUUAGAAGGCUAUCGUCCCAUAACAGCGGAGACCUACCUAGGAGGCACCCUACCUCUACCUCCCCCAGUUAGUGACAGGAUGAGGAAAAGAAGGGCCUUUGCUGACAAAGAGUUGGAGAACAUUAUGCUGGAGAGAGAAUAUAAAGAGAGGGAGAUGCUGGAAACUUCCCAAGCUGCUGCCUUGUUCCUGCCCAACCGCAUGGUGCCUGGACCUGAAUACAACUCCUACAAAAGUGCCUACAGCCCCACCCCAGGGGAACCGCCCAACAAGGACUUCUGCAAUUUUUUGCCCACCUGCCUUGAUCUCACCAUGCAGUAUUCAGGGUCUGGGAAUAUGGAACUAAUUUCUUCUAAUGUCAGUGUGGCCACGACAUAUAGACAGUACCCCCUGUCCUCCCGAUUUUUAGUUUGGCCCAAGUGUGGCCCCAUUAGUGACACUCUCCUCUACCAGCAAUGCCUGCUAAAUGCUACCACCUCAGUUCAAGCCCUGAAACCUGGGGCCAGCUGGGACCUGAAGGGAGCACUGGUUCAGGAUGGACUCAGUGCAGAACACGACAUGAUGCCACCCAAACUGGAGGGUUCCCUUGUGCUGCCACACACGCCCGAGGUCCAGACCUCUAGAAGUGACCUUCAGGGUCACCAGGUUGUCCCAGAGAGGUCUGCCUUCUCCCCACCCCAACGGAAUUUCUCUCCCAUUGUUGAUGUGGACUCCCUGGCAGCUCAAGGGCACGUCUUAACCAAGAUCAGCAAAGAAAACAGCAGGCACCCUCUGCCACUUAAACAUAAUCCAUUCCAUUCAUUAUUCCAGCAAACGCUUAAUGACAAAUCAGGUCCUGAGUUGAAAACACCAUUUGUCAAAGAGGCCUUUGAAGAGACCCCAAAGAAACACAGAGAAUGUUUGGUCAAGGAGAGCCAGAAGUACACAUUGACAAUAGAUAGGUGUGCAAAGGACCUUUUUGUAGCCAAACAGGUUGGAACAAAACUCUCAGUGAAUGAACCGCUGUCAUUUUCUGUUGAGUCUAUUCUCAAGAGGCCUUCGUCUGCCAUCACUCAUGUGUCUCAGUGAAAGGCUGCUUAAGUGGAAAGCUGGAUUUUCUGCAAUCUCAGUCCUUGCCAUGUACUUUUUUUUUUAAAGUUAAAAUGUUUGUGUAAAGAAAUUUCUAAUGUAAGUGAUGAUGAUUUCUAAAAAUUCUAUAUAUUCAUAUGCAUGUACCUUUUCUUAACACAUAAAUAUAUUUAAACUUAAAGAUGGACAUUGCUUAAUGUGCAAAUUGUAAAGUUCUGUGCUUUACACAGCAUUUCAUAAAGCAAUAAAAUUGACACUAUCUUUUAAAAGACCC